AUGGAUCAGAUUGCCGAGAACGCUGGUCUUGCCUUUGCCGUUCUUCAGCUCCCUCUUUACACAUUCGUUCCUCAUCAAAUCUCCCGCGGGUUAGAUCCAUUCAAUAGUCUGCAACCAUCGCAAUUCGCGAUUUUCCAAGCGCGUGGACAUAUUCGUACUGCUCUCGCCGUUUGUCAAGAGAUGUCCGACACAGACGGAACAGCCGACGAAGAAAUAAAAAACAUGACGGACGGAUGGAUCGAUGCACACAAUAUCAACUGGCUUUAUUUCGCUACUCUCCCUGACAUUGCCACUGCCGAGGGGAAAGAAUCACAGCCACAGGCGGCAUUACGCCUUACCAAGACAUACAUCACGUUGAUCGAAGAGGCGUUCACGACUGUCAGUCAUAGGCAUCGAAACGGCGUCAAGAUGGCCGCUCUUUCUGAGGACAGUCUCUACCUUCUGUACACAGUGAUACCUGCACUUGUGAACCAACUUCACGAGACGAUGGAGGAUUCCAGACGCCGGAAGCAUGCUUUGAUGGAGGCAACGAGCCAGAUUAUCGAGCCUCUCAAAGCCUGCCAAGCAUAUUUCGAACGAAGUGACUGGCGCAAUAGCAACAUAGAUGCACGGGAGACAGAGCGACUGAUCCAUCACGCCAACCACAUAGCCGAUCUCUACAAGCUCAGCGCAGGCAAACUAGAGCUGGCGGAAAGUGCAGCCAGAACCCUGUCUCGCGAGCUCAAAGGAAAGUAUUUCUUGAGACUUGAAGGGGAUGUAUCCGAAGUCGCUGGUGGGCUUUCUCGGGUGUGUAGCAAGGUUCGCAACAUGGAUGAUGACGAGAGGCAGCAUGAAUAUUAG